AUGCCUAGCGGAUCCUGCCUUUGCCAAAACCUCAAAUAUGAGUUUACUGGAGCUCCAGAGGGAAUGGCUACCUGCCACUGCCUUUCCUGUCGAAAGAUUAGCGGUGGCACGAAUACGGUCAACUUCAUGAUACCAGAGAAGGAUUUCAAAAUCACAGCCGGAGAACCUAAGCGCUUCACUCAUGCUCAUGAAAAUGGCAUGAACGUCACUGUUCAUUUCUGUGACAACUGUGGUGGUGCUAUCUUCAAAACUGGCGAUCGCGAAGGUUUUAGGGGAGUUGCUGUUGUUCAGGUUGGAACUUUGGACGACCCCAAUGCAUUCACGCUGACCAAGCCAACGAUGGAGAUGUGGACGAAGUAUCGUGUCCCGUGGCUUUCACAUCUUGAGGGGACUGCACAAAUGAUGGAGUUUUGA